AUGGGGUUUUACCAUGUUAGCCAGGAUGGUCUCGAUCUUUUACCUCGUGAUCUGCCCGCCUUGGUCUCCAGAAGUGCUGGGAUUACAGGCGUGAGCCAUCGCGCCCAGCCUUUCCUGCGAUUAUUACAGUCAUCAAGAUUAACCUAGAGAUGGUGCAAAAUUUAAGCUUCCCCAAAAAUGUUCGCUAACCUUUCUCAUACUUUUAGACCAUUACAGGAUAUAAAUAGCAAAGUCAGCUGGAAUCGUAAUUAGAGGUUCGAUUUCUCUUGGGCUAGAGGUUUUUUCUGCCAUUCUGAUGAACGCUAAAGGAAGGGAGCAAGGUCGGCGGGGUUUGGCCGAGGGGCGGGGUGAGGACUGCGCAGGCUCAGCUCCUAGGCUGGAAGAGGAAGUCGUGAGUGCCGGUGUCUACGGCCCCCAUGGUGACCAGAUCGACUUCCGCCCGACCCGCCCACCUCUACCUGCCCCCUCACCCCGCGAGAGGCACCAUGGCAACCAGACUUCUGCGUCCCGGAAGCAGGUCUCGCAGGUCGCUACGGUUGGGGGAAAAGCGGCGGACGCCGUCCCCAUCCUGAAGGGGACUCGAAAAUGUACAGCCAGCGGUUUGGCACCGUACAGCGGGAGGUUAAGGGCCCCACUCCCAAAGUGGUGAUCGUGAGAGCCAAGACUCCUAAAGGCCAAAGGGCUGAGCAACAUCUAGAAAGAAUCCGACGCAGCCAUCAGAAGCAUAAUGCUAUUUUGGCUUCCAUUAAGUCAAAUGAGCGGGAUCGCUUGAAAGUUGAGUGGGACCAGCACCAUGACUGCAAGUUUUUGGACAACCUUGUGCGAGCAAGAAUCAAGGAUGCCGUGCAAGGGUUUAUCAUUAACAUUGAAGAAAGACGAAAUAAGCUACGUGAACUUUUAGCAUUAGAAGAAAAUGAGUAUUUUACAGAAAUGCAAUUGAAGAAAGAAACCAUUGAGGAGAAAAUAGAUAGGAUGAGAGAGAAAACUAAAUUACUAAAAGAGAAGAAUGAAAAAGAGAGGCAGGAUUUUGUAGCUGAAAAGCUAGACCAGCAAUUCAGGGAACACUGUGAGGAGCUCCGUGUUAAAUUGUUUUGUAUCCAUCAGAAGAAGGUGUGUGAGGAGCGGAAAGCACAGAUCGCAUUUAAUGAGGAGCUGAGGAGGCAAAAGCUGGUGGAAGAGCAGAUGUUCUCCAAACUCUGGGAGGAAGACCGAUUAGCCAAGGAAAAGCGAGAAGCCCAAGAGGAGAGGAGACAGAAAGAGCUGAUGGAGAACACACGCCUGGGGCUGAAUGCCCAGAUCACCAGCAUCAAGGCACAAAGGAAGGCACUACAGCUGUUGAAGGAAGAGGAGGCGCGCCUUGUGGAAAGUAACAAUGCACAGAUUAAACAUGAGAAUGAACAGGAUAAACUAAAGAAACAGAAGGCAAAGCAGGAAACUAGGACCAUGUUGCAAAAGGCCCUACAAGAGAGGAUAGAACAUAUUCAGCAGGAAUACAGAGACGAACAAGACUUGAACAUGAAGCUUGUGCAAAGGGCCCUUCAAGACUUACAGGAAGAGGCAGAUAAAAAGAAACAAAAAAGAGAAGAUAUGAUAAGAGAACAGAAGAUAUAUCACAAGUAUUUGGCACAGAGACAUGAGGAAGAAAAAGCUCAGGAGAAAGAAUUCGAUAGAAUAUUAGAGGAAGACAAGGAAAAGAAGUUGGCUGAGAAGGACAAGGAGCUGAAGCUUGAAAAGGAGGCAAGGAAACAGCUUGUGGAUGAGGUCAUGUGUACCAGAAAACUUCAGGUUCAAGAAAAGUUGCAACGAGAAGCUAAAGAACAGGAAGAGCGUGCUAUGGAACAGAAACACAUACAUGCAGGUCAUAAAGAACUUCACUGUGAAGAGAAGGAGAAUUUUGCAAGCCAACGUUUAGCCCAGGAGUACAGGAAGCAACUUCAGAUGCAAAUUGCCUACCAGCAGCAGUCCCAAGAAGCAGAGAAGGAAGAGAAACGCCGAGAGUUUGAAGCAGGGAUAGCAGCAAACAAGAUCUGUUUGGACAAAAUCCAGGAGAUCCUGUCCACCCAUCAAGUGCUGCCUCAAAACAUUCAUCCCAUGCGGAAGGCAUGCCCCAGUGAGCUUCCACCAUAGUUCCAUGAGCAUUAAUAUACCUUUUCUUGGUCUUUUAAUAUCCUUAACUACAGUAUGCUUGUAUGUUUCUUUUAACUCAUGAAUUAGCUGUUCUUUCUUUUUCCCUGAGUUUAUGUAAUUAAUUGAACAUAAUUAUCUUCCUUCAAGUAAACCAGUGCCUUUUUUGGAAUUCACAGGCUUGCAAAUCCAAAUGAUAUACUUCAUAUCAUGUUGUUAUUUUCCUGCCACCUUUGCCUCCUUUUUUUCUCACUUAUUUCUAGCUACAUUUGCUGACAUCUAUCUACUCACAUGCCCAUUUCUUCUUCCUUCCUUUCUCUUCUCACUCAUGUACAUAAUUCAGUGUUGAGAGCAUUUUUGCAGGCAGAACUGGGGUUAACAGCCACUUUCAUUAACCCAUCUAUUUAGUCAUUAAACAAAUAUUUUCAGAGUGCCUCCCAUGUGCCAGGCACUAUUCUAGAUCCUGAGACUACAGCAAAAACAAAACAUACCCCUUGGUCUUGUUGAGCUUACAUAUUAGUGGAGGGAAACAGGCAAUAGGUGUUAAAUGCCAUCAACUGCAAAUGGCACUUAACACCUAUUGCCUGGAAAUUGCGCUUAACUCAGAAGAUCCUCUAGCCCCUGCACCAGUUAGACAUUCAGAUGACUACAGCCCUGGCUGAUGACAUGACUGCAAUUUCAUUAAGAGACUCUGAGCCAGACCCCUCAGCCAAGCUAUGCCUGAUUCCCAACUCACAGAAAUUGAGGAAUAACAAAUGUUUAUUGUGUUUUAACCUACUAGGUUUUGGGGUAUAUUAUUAGGCAGCAAUAAAAACUAAUACAGGGUUUUAUCUUGAGCAUGUGAGAGAGGUCAGAUUCUAUUUUAAAGGUAGAGCCAACUAGAUGUGCUGAUGGAUGUGUAUGUUGAGUGUAGGGUUUGAAAGAAAGUCAUAAAUAGAACUCCAAAUUUUUGGUCUGAGCAACAAACUAGUAAACUGCCCCUGUGGUGGGGGUUGACAUAUCUCUCAAGCUGUGAACCUGGAGAUGUUAGCCAAAUGAAGUCAAAGAAAUGAACAAGUUACUGGAUAAUUCUGGUCAGUAUUCUAUUUGGUAAUUCUACCUCUGCACUGCAAAAUGUUUUUCAUAUGUCAAAAUAUGUUUUGUAUUAUACAAGUUUUUGUGAAAAACAAAUCUGGAAAGGUCUGAAAUCUACAUCAUUUUCCUAAAGAGUCAUUAGACACAAUGAAAUAUUUUAAAAUUCUGGAAAACCCUAAAGUAAUGAAAUGUAGUUACCUUUGUUUAGUCCUCUGUUACUCAUACUUACUUAAUCCUGAAACACUUUUUUAAAAAAUUGAACCUAUUAACACCUUUUGGUAAAUGCUCAUCUUUCUUCUGCAUAUUCAUAAGAUUCAUUACAUCCUCUCAGUGGGAUAUUCAGAGAAGCUUUCUGCAGGAUAUUAUUUUAUCAAUAAAAUCAUGCUUUAUUUCUAGUA